AUGACUCAAAAACCUAAGCUCGAUAGAUAUGGAUACAGUGUUAAAGGCGAAACAGUUGCGUCCAAGAAAGAGCAAGAGAUGGCUGCAUUUGACUCUAGGAAAGAAUCAGAGAGAGAAUUGAAAUGGCAAAGAAUGUUCUUAACUAAUGAUUUUUCAAAGCUAGAAACUCGAUUAAUGAAAGGAAUACCAGAUACUUAUAGAGGUGAAGUCUGGAAACGACUUAUUUGCAAAGACUGUUUAGAUCCAUUAAAGGUUUCUGAAUGGCCAACAGUUGAAUCACUAAUUCCAAAUAUUUCAGAAGACAAGUGGGUAGAUGAAUAUGAAUGCUGGAGUACAAUUGAAUUAGAUCUGGAUCGAACGAUGCCAGAUUGCGCAAUGUUUUCAAGCGAUAUAACUAGAAACUCAUUAAGAAACAUACUUAGAGCCUACUCUCUAUUAGAUAAAGAGCUAGGCUACACUCAAGGAAUGGCUUUUCACGCAGCUAUGCUUUUGUCUUACAUGGAUGAGAAAUGUGCAUAUGCAUGCUUCAAGGAGAUGAUGAUGUCUCCCAAUUUCGGACUUCGAAAUUAUUUUUUACCAGGAUUUCCUCGUUUAAAUGAAAUCUCGAAACUUUGGAAAAUCGUGUUUGAAAGACAAUACAAGAAAAUAUAUCAGCGCUUUGAAAAACUUGGAAUAAUCCACUUUAUGUACUUACCUCAGUGGUUUUUAUCGGCUUUUAUGAAUCAGUCAUUUUCACCAAUUUUACGCAUGAGCAUAUACGACAGAUUCAUUGCCCACAAAGGACAAGCUCUACUUUCAUUCGGACUCGUUAUAAUUUCAAGGCAUAAGGAUUUCUUUAUGAAAGAACAGAUGGAAUCAAUUCUACCGGUUCUCCAGCAUCCUUACAUUUCAGAAAAAAUGCGUGAUUGGCGCUAUUUGAUGAAAAAAUAUGAUCAACAUUGGAUUGACGAACGUACUUACAGGAGACUCUUUGCAAAAGCUGGUUUGGAGUAUUUCCCGUGA